AUCAUUCAAAUCAUUUCUUUCAUCAAAACUCUUGACAUUCUACAGACAAACAACUAAAUUGAUUCAUCUUUUAAUUGACUUUAUUUAAUCGUGACAACGAUGCCUGGAACCAUUUUGGAGAACCUUUCAAACCGCAAAUUAGUGGUAAUUUUAUUCAUCAUCUUCAUAAUCCAAUUUGUCUCUUUUUUAAUUGGAGCUUUUAUUGCUCCUGCACCAGCCAACACAGAACAAGUAAUGGCUACUUUAUGUAUAGCUGAUGACCACAAGAAACUGGCUAUUCCUAUUCAUCAAAUUCAAGGAGAUGAAAUCAGAUCAAAAAAUUGUCAUCGAUAUGACACUGGCCAAAUAAGUGGCAAGAAUCCAAUCAUCUUCGCUUUUCAAAUACCAUUGCCUAGAGAUGGUCUUAGACUUGAUUAUUCAAGAUGGAUGUCCAAUUUGAUUGCUCUUCUCACACCUGAUAUAAAUUAUCGCAGUUUGUCAUAUGCAGUCAACAGUUCUGACCUCCGGAAGAUAAAAGGAGAGAUUGGAAUGAAUGUCACUUUAGCGGCUAAAGAUGCUCAGGAUGAUGAUUGGAAAAUCAUCGCUUCGAAGGAUAAAUUAAAAAGAACUUUGAACUGUGAAAUAUUGACAGAAAAGCUUGAAGAUGAACAAAAGUAUGAAUGUGACUUAAUUCAUUUAUUCGAGUUACAAUCAUUAUUUUAUGACUACUACCUGAUCAAUAUUGUAUUCGACUCUUCUCCUCAAUUGGUUCAUGCUGAAUUAACUGGACUGAAUAUGGCUGCUAUUCAUCAGAAUGGUGGAUUCACAAAAGUUUGGCUUUUAUUGAAGACCGUUUUCUUUAUAAUCACUUUGUUUACACUUAUUUGGUACUGGAAUCGUCUUCAGCAACUGUCCAGAAAAACAACUCUCCUCGAACGGACUAUAAUCAUGCUUGGCCUUGCUAUUACUCAGCUCAACGCUCCGAUUGAAUUUUUGUCUUUAUUUUUCGAUUUAGGAUUCAUGAAUUUUCUCAGUGAUAUUCGCCAAGGAGUCCUCUAUUGUGGUCUUCUCUCAUUCUGGUGUAUUUUCACUGGAGAACAUCUAUUAGACGGAGUUCAAAGAUCUUGUCUCUCUUAUUAUGCCAAACAAUUAGCCAUAAUUCUUAGCGCUUCUACAGCGUUAUUCGUGUUUGAUUCUAUCGAACGAGGAAUCCAAUGGAUCAACCCUUUCUUUACAAUCUGGGAGGUGGACUCUCAUCUCGCCGUCAUCUUUAUCAUCUCCGCUAUCAUCUCAGCUACUACCUUUUUCUUUUUCCUUUGUUAUCAAGUUUGGAUGGUAAAACGUAAUCUCUCAUCCAAACAAAGUUCUCUUCCAUCAAUGUCCAGCACUCGUCGUUUAGUUUACCUUGGAAUAAUUUACCGAUUCAAGUUCCUACUCUGGGCAACAGUGAUUUGCGCUGGUAUAACUAUUUCAGCUUUUAUUAUGAAUCAAUUUGUCGAUGAAAAUUUCCACUGGGAAGAGGAAAACCCAUACAUUGAGCUCCAAUGUACCAGUGCCAUGUACACAACCGUCUAUGCCAUGUGGAAUAACUAUGCAAUUGUCCUGUUGAUUCUUUAUGCACCUUCACACAAAGGGUUCGGACCAAUCGUUGAUAACUUAUCUGAAGAAAUCGAGUUCAAUCGACUCACAACAGAUGAUCGUGAGCAAGACAGAGGAGAAAAUUCUGAAAAAACAAAUGAAGGUGCUGAAAGUUCUGAAAAAAGUGACAUGAUGCUCUUACAACAACUCACGAAUAAGAAAGCCAUUGACUAAACUGUUGAUCUCAUUUAAAGAUCAUAAAAAUCAAUUCGAUCUCAGAAUUAAUUUCAAACAUAUAUUCGAAAGUCUUUUUCAUAUGAAAUGUACUCUAAAUAAAAUUCUGAUUUAAUCAAAAAAUUCCCCAAUCCAACGUAGAUGAGCAUUUGCACUCAAUAUUGAUAAUUUUGUAAAUUGAGAGUUAAGAUUUGCUAAUACAGAAUAAAUUGAAAUCGCUCUCAAAUACAAUUGAA